AUGGGAGAUGUGAAAAUCACAAUUUCUGAUGUGAUCGAGGUUCGGGAUGGAGGCCUUGACUCAAAUGAAUUGCUUGCGUUGACUGUUUUGGCUGCUGAACGUCUCCCUCCAUUACAAAAAGGGAAACAACUCUUUGAUAUCGAUCACGUCUUCAUCAAUAAUCGAGGACAGAUUGAGUUUGAAACAGUUAACGCUGAGAAGAUCUCGCGUGAAUAUUGGCCACCAGAAUGGGAAAAAGAAGGCGAGGAUGAUCCGGUGGCGGCUUCGGUUUUCUGUUGGGGAGCUGUGCUGAAACAAGCGGGCUCUGAGCUGAUCGGUCAAGCCGAGUUGUUCUCUCUUGUCAACAUUUUAUCUGUGGCUAUUAUUGGAACCCGCCCAACUCCUACCCGAAUGGCGCAAAUGGCGAAAAACCAGCUACGAGGCCAAGAACCUCAGCACAUCGUUCAGGAUAUCUAUUUUGAGCUAAUGGGUGAUGAGGAUGAGAAUCAGCUUUCUGAUGAUAACUAUUCUGAGCGAGAUUUCGAGGUGGAUGAUAUCGAUGAACCAUCUAGAGAUCGAGUGGACAGUCGAUUGAAAGAUUUCGAUGAUGAAGAGCAUGAAACUCAUGCUGUUAAAGUCCCGGAAACCCAGCUCAAAGAGUUGAAAGCUCCACAAAUCAUCGUUGAGGACAGCGAGCCAGCGUUUUCUCAACCGUCAACAACUUCUCACAACAAAAAAGCAGUUGAAGUUUUCGAAACAGAAACCGAGGAGGAUGACGCGUUGACUGAAGAAAGCACUGAGAAUGAGAGUGAUGUGCCAACCACGCCAAAGAGAUUUGAACCGAUAAACUUCAAAAGUGGUUUCGAUGAUGAUUUUGGCUCAAAAGUCAUUGAGGAAUCGCCGAGAGUCGAAAAGAGACAAGCUGCUGUCACGGUGGCCGAAGCAAAUCCUUUUGAGAGUGACGAAGAGGAGAAAUCGCCGUUCAAUCAGUCAACCCUCUCCGGCCGGGAUCCCUUCGAGCAUUUGGAUAAUCGGCCCGCAGUUACGACUCCUGAAUCUCCAGUUGCCCCGAAGAGAAAACAUCAAAUGGAAGUCGUUGAAGAGCCACCAAAACAGCCACAAGUGCAGAAAUUUAAACACGGCAGCUCGGAAGACGAUGAGAUUAUUCAAGCGGAAGUCUCUGAUUCAGAGGAGCUCAAUGAGAACUCAACGAGAAGCAAUCAAAGUCGAUAUUUUGAUGAGAUUGAACGGGAAUUGAACAAAGAACGGGAGAAAACUAUCCCUCCACCAUUGCAAAUAAUGCCCGCAAUCAUCGAAGUGCCAACCCCGAAACCCCCGCCAAGAAAAGAAAUACAACAAGCACUACAAGUGGUGGAAACGGACGAGGGCCGAACACCAAGCACAAGCAUCACUUCGAGUGUAUCAGCUUUCUCCUCGAGCUUCAAGGAGGAUGAGAGCAGUAUCAACCGCGGCUCUUCACCAGAACCAAAGAAACGAAUCGUGAAAGAGGCGGUGAUUGUGGAAGAAGUGCAUAGGAAAGGAAUGUUCGAGAAAAGGCCGCAAAAGAAUAGAAAUGGCCGACACUCCACAAAUCCCUUUGAUGCUGAGAAAGACGACGAGACGUCGAGCUCCGAAACGGACACUGAACAGAGAGAGCAAAGAAAUGGACGCAUGAGAGAUAUGAAUAGAAGAAGAACAUCGGAUAUGGGAAGACAGACACCACCACCUGCUACGUCCACUCCUACUCCGCCUGCUCGACGUCAUGCUCCACAACAUUCUCGAGACAUUGACCCGAUCAUUGAACCGCCGAAAGUUGAACAAAAGAAAGAAGAACCCGAAUCGAUGGACGAAAUCUUCGCAAAAGCACUCGAGGAGAGAAGGGCGAGCACUUUUCCUUUACCCGUUCCUUCAUCGCCGACCCUCACACAACCUGAAAGCCCCCAAAAACCGCCAAGAUCUUCACCACAGACCGGUUUCCGGAGAAUGGAAUCUGGGAGGAUUACGAGGAGAUCGACGAAGAGGGGGAAAAGGGGAAAGACAAGAGCCGAGCCGGAGUUUGUCGAGCGCAAAAAUCAACCUGCCAUCCGCCUCAAGGCGCCCACCACCAAAAAGAAGAAAAUGGUCUUACACCGGGUUGAGCAAACCGAUGUCUUCGUUGAACUGCUCAAUGGGCAAAAAAUCGAGGUCUCUUGUCGAUCCGAUGUGGUCACGGCGGACAUCUUCAGUCUUGUUGUAGGCCAUAUGAACAUCAAUGAGAAUGUCUUCUUUGGGUUGUCGGUUGUGAGAGAUGGUGAACACUUCUUCCUUGAUGAUGACCAAAGAUUGGAGAAAUUCGCCCCACCCGGGUGGAAAGAUCGAUCGAGACAAGUCGGAUACACUCUCCAUUUACGAUUUCGAUUCUAUCCUCAAGUUUUGGAGUUUAUCAAAACCGAUGUCGCCCUUCACGAGCUCUUUUUGCAAUUGAGGAGGGACAUUUUGGAGGAUCGUUUGCAGCCGAAAAGAGAUCGAGGCUUGGAGUUGGCCGCGCUGGCGUUACAGGCUGAGUUCGGCGAUCGUCCCCCACCGGCCGUCAAGGAUUAUUUUUCUAUCGAAUACUAUCUACAAAGGAGAUUUUAUCAAUUCGAUGAUCAAUCAUCGGUUCAUCUCCAACUCAGCCAACUCCAUGAUCAUUACAGGGGAUUGGGAGCGAAAGAGGCUGAGACGAGAUAUAUUCAAGUGUGCACAUGUCUUCCCGAUUACGGAUCCCAUCUGCAUCGCGUUUUCCGAUCAAAACCCUCAAUGGCUCACGGAGCAUCACCAUUUGAUCCGGAUACCGGGGCAAAUAUGUGGAUAGCGAUAAUGCCAAAGGGGAUUAUUGUUUUGGAGGAACAGGGUGGAGUGAGACAACCAUUGGCCGAACACGUGUGGCAACGAACGCAGACACUACAAUUUGAUAAGAAACGCUUUGUAAUCGUCGCUCAACGAGACGGUGACCACUCGGAAACCGUCUUCUGGACCGAUCACUACAGCAAAUCUGCAUAUUUCGUGCGCUUCUCCGCGUCACAACAUCGCUUCAUGAUGCGGAUGCGGCAAUGGAAGAACACUCUAAAAACGGAACGCUCGAUCUCAUCAAUGCCCGAUGUAGCUAUUGAAGGAACACUGCAACGAGAAAAUCGAUAUCGGCAAGAAAAUGUUUCUGUUCCCGAUAGUCCGCUGGAACCAACGGAAAGCCUCUUCCCAAAAAUCGCGAAUAAACGAAGGGAAUCCUCAUCAACACCACUCACUCCAAUCAACAACAAUCACGAGUCAUCUGAUAGCUAUGAAGAUGGCAUCAACAAAGGGAUUCGUCUCCGGAAUCAACACGACAAACCACCGCCUACUGGAGCUAUCUUCACGGUAACCCUUCACAAAGAUCCGAUUAAUGGACUUGGAUUGACGCUGGUUGAUGGAAAGCUGAAUGAUGUACCGGGUGUUUACGUGAAGUCGGUGGCUCAGGGUGGUGCCGGGGAGCAGAGUGGUCUCCUGGUUGGUGAUCGAUUGUUGGCUGUGAAUGGCUAUUCACUCGUUGAUUCGGAUAGACAUCGUGCCGUUGGUUUAGUCAAGGAUUCUGGUGCAAAUGUGCGCAUCGAGGUCUCGAGAUUGGAAGGAGUGGCGGCACAUGCAAGACAAAUAUCCGCUGAUAGCUCGAACUUCAAUCCGAAUAGGCCGCCAGCCACGACAUCAAAUGGAGAUCGAAAACUGUCAGCUUCGUCAGCUGGCCCAAAACCCGUCUCCCGCACCCCACCACCGCCAAGAAAGCAGCAGAAUAAACGACAACGAGCUGUUUCAGAUUUUGGUGCAAUUGGAGACAUGUUGCCGGUGUUGAACAGUGAUGAUAUCAUUGCUGACAAGAUGAAAGCCAUUUCUGGACUUCACUUGGACGAGUCUGAUGAAGAAAGAGGAGAGUUUCGAGUCCCACAACAGCACUCAAUCUAUUCGUACGAUCAAACAGACGAGGACACACUCGGUGGAGUAACAUCAAGAUCUCAAAAGCGCAACUCGGAUCCGUUCAUGAGUGAGCCGAAAAUCGGCAUCUCGCCCAGUCGAAUUGAGCAACCGAAAAGAUAUCAACAACAGAGGCGCUCAAACCUUGAUUGGACUGAAGAGUUGGAUGAGGAAGAGGUUGUGGAUGAUGAGGAUGAUGAGGACUUAAUCCAUGUGGAGCUGGUGAAAAACUCGGCCAACAGUCUGGGCAUUCAGAUCUCGAGUCAUCAAGAUGGAAAGGUCUGUAUCAAGCAGGUGACCGCCGAACCGGGCCUCAGCGCCAACAUCAAAGCUGGGGAUAUUCUCGUGGCGGUGAAUUCCAUCUCGACAGUCAACCGGACCCACCAAGAGGUGGUCAACCUUUUGAGAUCACCGGGACAAAUUGUAAGACUGACACUUAGACGACAAUUCAAUGAGGAAUCCGAAGAGGAGACCGGCGAGAGAACGAUUCGUGUCACUCUUCAUAAACCUGAGGGUGGAUCGUUGGGACUGUCGCUGGCGAAAAGAACCGGCUUUGAUGGGAUAUUCAUCCGAACGAUUGGAUCCGAUUCGGCCGCUGAAAAGGAUGCGACGUUGAGAGUCGGCGACCGAAUGUGGGCGAUCGACGGUGAAGAAGUGGGCGGCUCAAGUCCGGCAACUCUUGUCGAACGUCUCAAACGAGUCCAAGGGCCCGUGGAGAUCGUCGUGAAACGCCCAAAAGACCUCUCAAAGUACCAA